AUCUGCUCGAAAUUUGGUCGGUACUCCGAAGAAGAAGGUCGUUGUGUAUGUGAUGGCGACUAUGUUGGAGAGCAUUGCGAGUCACGUUGCCAUGGAUGGGUCAAUCAAACGACUGGUUAUAUGGGAAUGUCAUGCGCAACCUGUGAUCCAACUUCUGGACGUGAAUGCGAGAUUCCGUCGAAACGACGCGGUGCCGUCAAUUCUCGCCUCACCCUCAGUGGUCUCUCCUUUUGUAUGAUAACUAUAGGAUUGUUGUGUGUCACGGCAAGGCGACGUCGCGCUGGCCCUUUGCCAGCUUCUGAAGACACUUGGUAUCGAGUGUUUCAGCCAGCGCAGACAAGAGCAGCUAGGUGUCGUCAUGAUUUGAUGUGCGGCGGUUCAUGGAUCCCACGUGACAGAGCCCUGUUGGUGGCUCCCGGCCGAGCUGCUGUGCUUCACGGAACAGUCGAAACUCAACGGCGACGAAUGGCCACGCCUCCACCCAGUUACACCUCAGUGGACAGUCUGGCAGACGACCAAUCACCGCCCACAUACGAAGAAGCAACGCGAAUCAUGGAAAACUCUACGAAUAGCGCGGCCUUGAUCCAGGAGCUGAUCGACGAGACCGUGCAGACCGUUGAAGCCAAGGACGAGUCACUACAAGUAGCCGAAGGCAGCACCAACGCCACGACACAGACAUCAACUCAAGACGAUGAAAACGCUAACACACAGACGAUGGCCACCUCGAUCUGA